CCCCCCCCCUUCACAUCUGUGCCCCCCCCAGAGCGGGUGCCGAUGGGCCGGGUGUUGAGCACGCGGGCGAUGAAGGAGAUGUACCGGAGCUACGUGGAGAUGCUGGUCAGCACAGCCCUCGACCCCGACAUGAUCCAAGCCCUGGAGGACACCAACGACGAGCUGUACCUGCCCCCCAUGCGCAAAAUCGAUGGGAUCCUGAACGACCACAAGAAGAAAGUCCUGAAGCGGGUGUCGCUGCACCCGGCGCUGCAGGUAGGGGGCACGGGGGGGCUGG